AUGGCCACGGAGCUGCUUCACGCGAUCCUCGUCCUUGUGUGCUUAGGUGGCAUAGCGGAAUGCAGCGACAUUCGCUUGGGGUACGCAUCACCACAGUCGAGGAAAGUGUUCAGCGAGAUCAGGGAGGCCGAUCCCGCGCUCUGGAAGAGGACUGACGACAUCAUCGUCAACGCACCCGCCAACGAAGUCAUAUCUGCUGUCUUCGUCACCGACUUGAGGGACGACAAGGACGGAGAAGCCUACAUUGAGAGCGGCGGCAUAGGGGACAAGAGCGUCACCAUCGGCUUGAAGAGCCCCACCAUCCUCAGGGGGUACAAGUUCGAAAUUGAGGUGUACACCAACAACCCCCUCAGCCAGAUCUACAGCAAGGGCGGCUACACCUCGUAUUCAGCAGACAUCCAAUACCCGAGGAAAUAU